AACCACUAGUAUGUGUUGUUGACGUGACGCAACAACUAUCAGCUGGUUUUGUUUUGCUUCAUUCUCUCUGCUUCGCCUGAAGUCGUAAAUGUACACUAAACUGGCGAUUUAAUUCAUUAACGCGAGGCUGAACGGUAGUUGAAGAGUUCGGGUGUCUUUUGUCUUCCACUUAAUUCGGACCGUCCAGUUUUUCUCCAGUAGGUCUCCGCUUCGCCACUAUCUUUCCAAGAGGUCCAACCGAUCCCAGGCCUCCGAUCCAGGGCGGAGGGAGGGAAGGAGGUCGUUGGGAAUCGGGAUGGAGACCGGGGAGGGAGCCGACGGUCCUGGCGGGCCGGGGCCGGGGCUGUGCUGCGCCUCCUUCAACCAGGACUCCACGUCUUUGGCUGUGGGCACCAAAACUGGAUACAGGCUUUUCUCUGUGACCUCGGUGGACAAACUGGACUGCAUUCAUGAGAGCGCAGAAACUCCAGAAGUGUACAUCGUGGAAAGGCUUUUCUCCAGCAGCCUGGUUGUGGUGGUGAGUCAGUCCAUGCCACGUCGCAUGAACGUCUACCACUUCAAAAAGGGCACCGAGAUCUGCAACUACAGCUACUCGAACAACAUUCUUGCAGUGCGUCUCAACAGACAGAGACUGGUUGUCUGUCUGGAGGAAUCCAUCUAUAUCCACAAUAUAAAGGACAUGAAACUCCUGAAGACCCUUCUCAACACACCAUCCAACCCAUCAGGUCUCUGUGCUCUCUCCAUCAACCAUUCCAACUCUUUCCUGGCAUAUCCAGGCAGCGACACCAUCGGAGAAAUUAUUGUCUAUGAUGCCAACAAUCUGAGCACUGUGACUAUGAUUCCAGCUCAUGACAGUCCACUGGCUGCCAUCACCUUCAGCGCCUCUGGCACCAAACUGGCCAGUGCUUCUGAAAGGGGCACAGUGAUUCGAGUCUUCUCCAUCCCAGAGGGACUGCGCCUGUUUGAGUUCAGAAGAGGGAUGAAAAGGUAUGUCAACAUCAGCUCCCUUUCCUUCAGCCCGGAUGCUCAGUUCCUGUGUGCCUCAAGCAAUACAGAGACGGUGCACAUUUUCAAGCUUGAACAACACAGCCCAAGUGGGGAGGAGGAAGCUCCCUCUUGGUCCGCAUAUGUAGGUAAGAUGUUCACCGCCGCCAGCAGCUACCUCCCCGCACAGGUGUCAGGCAUGAUGAGUCAAGACCGAGCCUUCGCUACCGUCCGUCUCCAGAUGGCCGGUCAGAGAAAUGUCUGCGCCCUGGCAACAAUCCAGAAGCUUCCACGUUUACUUGUGGCCUCCUCUGAUGGGCAGCUAUUCAUUUAUAACAUUGAUCCGCAAGAUGGGGGUGAGUGCAUGAUGGUGCAGAAGCACAGGUUGUUUGGAUCAGAUAAAGAGUGGGAAGAGACUAGUCAAUCUGACAUGACAGAGGCUCCACAAGCGUGUCAGUCCUAUGCUGCGACUGUGGCUAUUCCCACAUCUGGACCGGUCACAGCCACUCUCACAGGUUACUCGGAGGACGGCGGAGCUAAGAAGGGCGAGGUGAUUCCUGAACACGAGUUUGCAGCAGGGCCCGUUUGCCUGGACGACGAGACCGAAUUUCCUCCCAUAAAUUGGUGCCGUGACGGAUCUGGCCGAGGCAAAGGGCGACGACCGUGAGAGGGUAGAGAACAGGCGGAGACCGCAAGCGUCACAGGAGGAUCCUCAGUGCAUGAGCAAGGACAAAACAAACAAACAAAACUUCAGGGUGCUAAAUUAUUAACGGAACGGUUGAAAUGCAAAUCUCCUAAUAUGAGUUGAUCAGGGGUGUUGGGUCGUUGUUACUCAAUCCCCUGAAAGGGUGUGUUAUAAAUGAGGUGCAUGACUGAACGUUUAACCACAUAUUGUUCCAGUUACGUAACACAUUGUAUUAAUUCAGUCGUAAUACUGUAGCAUUUUAUCCUUUUAAUUUAUAACACCAUCAUACGGAAUCAUACGAGAAGAGGAAUUACUUUUUUAUAUAUGUGUUUUGCUGUAUUGAUACUUAAUAUGUUUACAUGUUACCAUCCUGAAUACUAAUACAACGGGAUGUUUUGUAUGUACGUGCCUAUGAUAUUACUUGUAAGAGUGCAAAGUAUUUUGCUGGAUUGCUCAAGACCAAAAGAUUAAAAAGAAGAGAGAGAGAAAUGGAUAUGUAGGAAAUAUAUUAGGAAUGAAAUUAUGCAAAGCA